CAAAACAGUAUUUCUCUUCCUUAUUUCCACGUUUCUUCUUUUUUUCUCGCCCCUCCACCACCUCUCGUCUUCGCACCCAUCGCCCGAGAUCUCCCCUUUGCCUCUCCCACUCCGUCAAUGGCCUCCCCCGGACCAGCUCCCGCCGGCGAGCUCCUCCGCAUCGAUCCCAUCGAGCUGCGCUUCCCCUUUGAGUUGAAGAAGCAGAUCUCGUGCUCCAUGCAGCUGUCGAAUCUCAGCGACGACUACAUCGCCUUCAAGGUUAAAACUACGAGCCCAAAGAAGUACUCGGUGCGGCCCAAUACAGGGGUUGUGUUGCCACGAUCAACCUGCGAUGUUGUUGUGACAAUGCAAGCACAGCGGGAGAACCCGCCUGACAUGCAGUGCAAAGAUAAGUUCCUAGUCCAGAGUGUCAUCGCGCCCUCUGGCAUAAAUGUCAAGGAUGUCACGGGAGAGAUGUUUACAAAAGAAUCUGGGAAUAAGGUUGAAGAGGUGAAAUUGCGAGUCACCUAUGUCUCUCCUCCACAGCCACCAUCUCCGGUUCCUGAAGAAUCUGAAGAAGGUUCCCCGUCUAGGGGUGAAUCAGAAAAUGGAGAUGGUCCUGCUGGGGGAUUCACUAGAGCACUGCGAGAGCGCAUUGAGCCUCAAGAAAAAUCUUUAGAGGCUGGAGCUUUGAUCUCCAAGUUGACCGAAGAAAAGAACUCUGCAAUUCAACAGAACCAUAAAAUUAGACAGGAACUUGAUAUGAUGAGACGGGAGGUCAGCAAGAGGCGUGGAGGGUUUUCCUUUGUAAUUGUCAUAAUUGUAGCUUUGAUCGGGAUCUUCCUGGGCUAUAUGAUGAAGUCAUAAUUCUUUCAGUCCGUAUGACUUGGCCUUAUCGAGGGGAACUGGACUCAGUUCAUGCUAGUCAUGUUUGGGAACUUGAAAAGAUGAUUGGAAAUCAAAUGUCUUCCACAAGUUCUCCUUUCUGUUUUGUCAAUAUAGGAGUGCAUGUGUGAAAUGUUAAGCUAGUUUAAGCUUCUUUUGUUGUUAAUUUCAUUGGUGGGUUGUGCGCUAUGCUGACGCCUUAACUUGGAAUAUGCAUUAAUUGUUUUUGUUCACAGUUCACAUUGUAGCUGUGAAAUUGUUGGUCUAUAGUUGAAUGUGUGUGUGCCAUUUGGAAAGAUUAAUAUGAUUUGUCUCACAGUAA